AUGGGAUUCUGGUUCUACGUUCUAGCUUCGAUGUCUCUUUGUACUUUCAUUCUUACCCUUGCUCUUAGUUUCACGGGCAAUAAGAAGCUGCCACCGAGUCCACCUACAGUACCUAUUUUAGGAAACAUAUACUGGCUCUUAAAAUCCUCAAAAAACUUUGCCGACCUCGAACCUGUGCUACGUUUCCUACGUUCCAAAUAUGGUAACAUCGUCACUAUUUACAUGGGGUCCACUCCCUCCAUUUUCAUAACAACCCAUGAAACAGCUCAUCGCGCUCUGGUGAAAAACGGCACCGUUUUUGCCGGUCGUCCAUGGGCUCUUCCAACCACCAGAGUAUUCUUCCCUAACCAGCAUGGUGUCAGUACUUCUCAGUAUGGUCCCACGUGGCGGGUUCUUCGUCAAAACCUUAUGCAGAUCAUACACCCUUCUCGAUUACACUUGUAUUCUCAGUGUCGUAAGUGUGCUUUAGAUCUGCUUAAGAAGAACAUUCUUGCUGAUAUUGAAUUGGGUAAUAAGGCUAUACCUGUUUAUGAUCACAUUGAGCUUUCAAUGUUUGCUUUGCUAUCCCAUAUGUGUUUUGGAGAAAACUUUGAUGAGAAUAGUGUCAGGGAGAUUCAGAAAGUGCUCCACAAUGUGCUUCACAAUUUCAUUAGGUUCAAUGUGUUGAAUUUCCUUCCAUUUCUAUCCAAGAUUUUGUUUAGAAAACUAUGGAAAGAACUUCUGCAGAUUCGGGAAAAUCAAGUCAAUUUCCUCCUCCCAAUCAUAAAAUCUCGUCAUGAAUUAACAAAAAGCCAGCUCGGUGAAGAACAUGAGAAAUUAAAAGGAGGGUUUACUGCUUAUGUUGAUACUCUUUUCGACAUGAAACUGCCUGACAGUGGAAGGAAGCUAGCAGAUGAAGAACUAGUGAGCAUGUGUUCUGAGUUCAUGUUAGCUGGAACAGACACGACGGCCACCACAUGGUUAUGGGCAAUGGCGAAUCUAGUGAAGAAUCAAACCAUACAAGAGAAACUGUUCGAUGAGAUCAACCGAGUUGUGAAACCAGACGAAGAAAUCGAAGAGAACCACUUGAAGAAGAUGCCAUACUUGAAAGCUGUUGUGUUAGAGACGAUUCGGAGACACCCACCAGGACACUUCAUACUGCCCAGAGCAGUGACACAAGACACUGAAAUGGAAGGUUACUUCAUACCCAAAAACGCGAUUGUGAAUUUUCUGGUGGCGGAGUUAGGGUGGGACCCAAAUGUGUGGGAAGAUCCAAUGGAGUUCAAGCCUGAAAGGUUUUUGAUGAAAGGUCAAAGAGAAGGACAGUACUGUGAGUUUGAUGUAAAAGGGUAUUCGGAGAUCAAAAUGAUGCCGUUUGGUGCAGGGAAGAGGAUUUGCCCUGCAAUAAAUAUGGCUCUGCUUCAUGUUGAGUAUUUUGUGGCCAAUUUAGUGAGGGAUUUUAAGUGGAUGAUGCAAGAUGGCUGCGAAGUUGAUAUGACCGAGAAGCAAGCCUUCACUAUUGUAAUGAAGAAUCCUUUGAGGCCCUGUGUGACUCCCAGAUCGACCCUUUGAAAUAUGGAUUCAUCAGCAUCCUUGUACUACUUUUCCAUUUUGGCAUUUAAAUGAAAAUAUAUAUACCAUCAA